CGUGAGAGGAGCUGCCCUGCCGCUGAAACAAGAUGGCUGUGCGGGCGGGCGGAGCAAUGCAGGGGAGCUACCAAAGUGGACACAGGGUAUCACCCCCGUGCCGAGCAGCACACGACAGCCGCGCGUAGCGAGCGAGGAGCUCAGUCGAGAUACCACGUCGUUUUUCUAAGUCCUCUUCUACAAAUCUGGCUUUUAAGUGGUGGGACGGAGCGAGACUACAAAUCACGGUUCGGUUCGGCCAGGUAGCGGCGGCUCAGCGGAGGACAGCCGGGAACCCUCACGCCACGCAACAGAGAUGUCCCUACUAUGUGUGGGAGUGAAGAAAGCCAAGCUGGAUGGACCCCAAGAGAAGUUCAACACCUAUGUGACUCUUAAGGUACAAAAUGUGAAGAGCACAACCAUCGCUGUCAGGGGCAACGUGCCCAGCUGGGAGCAAGACUUCAUGUUUGAAAUCAACCGCUUAGACCUGGGUCUAACUGUAGAGGUGUGGAACAAAGGGUUAAUCUGGGAUACUAUGGUUGGCACCGUGUGGAUUCCCCUCCACAGCAUCAGGCAGUCAAAUGAGGAAGGCCCAGGCGAGUGGCUCACAUUGGACUCUCAGGUCAUCAUGACUGAUAAUGAGAUCUGUGGCACCAAAGACCCCACGCUCCACCUGGUGCUGCUUGACACACGGUUUGAGCUGCCCCUUGACAUCCCAGAGGAUGAGGCCAGGUACUGGGCUAAAAAACUUGAGCAACUUAAUGCAAUGAGGGACCAAGAUUACUCAUACCAAGAAGAACAGGAACGCCCACUCCAGGUUCCAAGCACACAGUGCUGUAAUUGGAGUUUAUGGGGAGACCAACAGAAUGAUGACCCAGACAGUGCUGUGGAUGACAGGGACAGCGACUAUCGCAGCGAAACCAGUAACAGCAUCCCCCCUCCAUACUACAGCACAUCUCAGCCCAAUGCCUCUGUCCACCAGUACCCAAUCAGCCACCAGCACCAUAACUCCAAAGGCGUCUCGUACCCGCACACGACCAACAGUCAUGAUCUUGACUACCAUCAUCAGCGGACUGUUAGUCCCACUGGAAGCUAUGCAUCAUCUGCAGAGUUGAGUCGAUGCAGCAGUCAGCUGAGUGAGGAGGACUAUGGUGGUGAAUAUGGAGAGAGGGACCCUUACGAAGAGAAUGACUCGUACCAUUCCUGCCACUCCUCAGUCAGCUACAGUAAAGGUUCCCCAGACUGGGACCCCGAUGAGACUCAAGGGGCGUACAGUGACGAGGGUGGCUACAGCAAAGAUGGAGGUGAGGAGGCAGCUCUGUAUGAGGAAGAAGACGGUGGAUUGUAUGAGGUAGAAGAGGAGGGCCUGUAUGAGGAUGAGGACUUGAUGUAUGAUGAUGACAAUUUAUACAAUUUGGAUGGAAACCUCAGUGAAGAUUUGGAACCUCCAUUCACACCCACCCCAACAUCAACUGCCCCACAAACUCUAGACGUACCAAGUGCUAGACCUCCACUGGAGAAACAACCCUCAGUACAUGAAAAACAACCCCCGACACAACCUGCAAAUCAAAUAACCAGCCAGGGUCCGCCUGCUGGUGUUGCCCCAGCAGCACAACCUACAACUGGUCAACAGACUUCUCAAACGCCUAAACAGCCCCACACUCAAACACAGGCACAGACAGCUUCAUCUGCCACUUCCUUCUUCUCAAUGGCCAAACCCCUAACAGCCAGAGUCACAGGCCUCGCUUCCACUUUCCUGUCUUCUGUCCCCACUGCCCAACCUGCCCAGUCUCAUCCACCGCCACCAGCUGCAUCCGAACAACAUCAGUCUGCAGCAGCAAGCAAUCUCCCACCGUCCUACCCAGCCACCUUAGCUGCAACUCAGCCCCCCUCCACUGCCACAGGCCCUUCUUCCCAGCAGAUUCCAAAUUCUGCUCAGCCUGCAUCUUUACUUAAUGGUUCUGCCACUGUACAGUCAGCUGUAACUAUGGACGAAGGUUCACAAAUGGAAGAAGAGCCUUGGUUUGAGGAGGAAAACAUACCGGAAGAGGCAAGGCUGUCCCCUACAAACCCAGAGGACAAUCUCAGCUUGGAGCAAAAGGAAUACAUUGAAACAAGCAGACCACCAAGCCCUGAGGAAAAAGAGAUGCCACCUGAGAGUCCUCCAGUUAUAGAGGAGCUCAAAGAGCCAGUGGACCCAGCAGUCCGAGCCAAAGAGAACUGGCUAAGACUAUACAACAAGGUCUUAGACCAGCUGCGGGAGGCACGAGGAGAAACCUCCAGCUCGCUAUGGUUUGGUAAAGGAGGGAUGGGAGGUGCACUCUAUAGUAUUGACAGCAUGCCAGACCUUCGGAAGAGAAAAGCCAUUCCUCUUGUCAGGGAUCUGGCAAUGUCGCUAGUGCAGAACUCUCGGAAGGCUGGAAUCACCUCCGCAAUGGCUUCCACCACUCUUGGCAAUGAAGAGUUGAAAAGUCAUGUUUAUAAGAAAACCCUGCAGGCUCUGAUCUACCCCAUCUCCUCCACUACGCCGCACAAUUUUGAAGUGUGGACAGCCACGACCCCCACCUACUGCUAUGAAUGUGAAGGCUUGCUGUGGGGCAUCGCCCGACAAGGCAUGCGCUGCUCUGAGUGUGGUGUCAAAUGUCACGACAAGUGCCAAGAUCUGCUGAAUGCCGACUGUCUGCAGAGGGCUGCAGAGAAAAGUUCCAAGCAUGGAGCAGAGGACCGAACCCAGAACAUCAUCAUGGUCCUGAAGGACCGCAUGAAGAUCAGAGAGAGGAACAAACCGGAGAUUUUUGAGCAAAUCCAGGAAGUGUUUGGCCUUGACAAAUCAACACACGCUACCCAAAUGAAACAGAUCAAGCAAAGUGUGCUCGACGGGACGUCUAAAUGGUCAGCAAAGAUCAGCAUCACUGUGGUAUGUGCCCAGGGACUCCAGGCUAAAGACAAAACUGGUUCCAGUGAUCCAUACGUGACUGUCCAAGUGGGAAAGACCAAAAAAAGAACCAAGACCAUCUAUGGCAACCUCAACCCAGUAUGGGAAGAGAACUUCCACUUCGAGUGCCACAACUCUUCUGAUCGCAUCAAGGUUCGAGUCUGGGAUGAGGACGAUGACAUCAAGUCUCGUGUGAAACAGAGGUUCAAACGUGAGAGUGACGACUUUCUCGGUCAAACCAUCAUCGAAGUCCGCACGCUGAGUGGGGAAAUGGAUGUUUGGUAUAACCUCGACAAGAGGACAGAUAAAUCUGCUGUAUCGGGAGCCAUCCGCAUGCACAUCAGCGUGGAGAUUAAAGGAGAGGAGACUGUGGCUCCUUAUCAUGUCCAGUACACAUGUCUUCAUGAGCAUCUGUUCCAGUACACCACUGAGGAACAGAAUGGUGGCGUAGUAAAGAUCCCGGAUGCCAAAGGAGACGAUGCCUGGAAGGUGUAUUUUGAGGAGACCGCUCAGGAGAUAGUGGAUGAGUUUGCUAUGCGUUAUGGUGUGGAGUCCAUCUACCAGGCUAUGACCCACUUUGCCUGCUUGUCAUCUAAAUACAUGUGCCCUGGAGUGCCCGCUGUGAUGAGCACCUUGCUCGCCAACAUCAACGCUUACUAUGCCCACACCACCCAGUCGUCCAACAAUGUUUCUGCCUCAGACAGAUUUGCUGCUUCCAACUUUGGUAAGGAAAGGUUUGUCAAGUUACUGGAUCAACUGCACAACUCCCUAAGGAUUGACCUCUCCAUGUACCGGAACAAUUUUCCUGCCAGUAGUCCUGAAAGACUGCAAGAUCUCAAGUCUACUGUGGACCUGCUGACCAGCAUAACAUUCUUCAGGAUGAAGGUCCAGGAACUUCAAAGUCCCCCCAGAGCGAGCCAGGUUGUGAAGGACUGUGUCAAAGCCUGUCUCAAUUCCACCUAUGAAUACAUCUUCAACAACUGUCACGACCUCUACAACAGAGAAUAUCAAAUGGAUCCUUCAAAGGCGGUUCCUCCAGAUGAGCAGGGUCCCAGUGUCAAGAACCUGGACUUCUGGUCCAAACUCAUCACACUCAUUGUGUCCAUUAUAGAGGAGGAUAAAAACUCCUACACUCCUUGCCUUAAUCAGUUUCCACAGGAACUCAAUGUGGGCAAGAUCAGUGCUGAGGUCAUGUGGAAUAUGUUUGCUCAAGACAUGAAAUACGCCAUGGAAGAACAUGAAAAGCACCGUCUGUGUAAAAGUGCAGAUUAUAUGAACUUGCACUUCAAGGUGAAGUGGCUUUACAACGAGUACUGCAAGGAACUGCCCACAUUUCAGAAACAUGUACCUGAAUAUCCAGCAUGGUUUGAGCCAUUUGUAAUCAUGUGGCUGGACGAAAACGAGGAAGUAUCCAGAGAUUUUCUCCAUGGAGCUCUGGAGAGGGAUAAAAAAGAUGGCUUCCAGGUCACUUCAGAGCACGCUUUGUUCUCCUGCUCUGUGGUAGAUGUGUUCUCUCAGCUCAAUCAGAGCUUCGAAAUCAUCCGCAAACUGGAGUGUCCCGACCCUCAGAUUGUUGGCAACUACAUGAAGAGAUUCGCCAAGACCAUUGGCAAUGUCCUGCUGUCUUACGCUGACAUCAUAGCGAAGGAAUUUCCAAAUCAUGUGAAGAAGGAGAAGGUGCCAUGUAUCAUCAUCAACAAUAUCCAGCAGCUCCGAGUUCAGCUGGAGAAGAUGUUUGAGGCAAUGGGAGGCAAAGAUCUCAAUUUGGAGGCGAGUGACUUCCUGAAAGAACUGCAAAACAAACUUAACAGCGUUAUGGACGACCUCAGCCGCAUCUUUGCUGUCAGUUUCCAGCCCCAAAUUGAGGACAACGUCAGACAGAUGGGGGAUAUCCUGGCCCAGGUCAAAGGUCAGACUGUGCCAGCCAAUGGCAGCGUAGUUCAGGAAGCAGACAAUGUUCUGCAACCCAUCAUGGACUUUCUGGACAGCAACCUGUCGCUGUUUGCUAAAAUCUGCGAGAAGACCGUUUUGAAGAGAGUGCUGAAGGAGCUGUGGAAACUGGUGAUGAACACCAUGGAGAAAACCAUUGUGCUUCCAACACUUACUGACCAGACGGGCACUCAGAUGAUCUUCAAUGCUGCGAAGGAAUUAGGCCAACUGUCAAAGCUCAAGGAGCACAUGGGCCGAGAAGAGGCCAAAGCUCUAACUCCCAAACAGUGUGCAGUCAUAGAGCUGGCAUUAGACACCAUUAAGCAAUACUUCCAUGCCGGUGGCGUGGGCCUGAAGAAAACCUUCUUGGAGAAGAGUCCAGACCUUGCAUCUCUGCGUUACGCCUUGUCACUGUAUACACAGGCCACGGAUAAACUCAUAAGGAAGUUUGUCCUUUCCCAGCAUGCUCAGGUCCAUGGAGGCAAAGGGAUCCGCUGCACGGCAAAUGAAGACACGCCGCCAGAGAAACCAUCGGGGGUGGAUGCAGUUGGCGAAGUGGUCAUGCACGUGGACAUUCUACCUCAGCCUAACGGCGAGCACAAGAUCAGCAUCAAAGUGGUCGCUGCUAACGACCUGAAGUGGAGGGCGCAGGGUUUCCGUCCUUUCGUGGAGGUCUACAUCAUUGGCCCUCACCUCAGUGACAAAAAAAGGAAGUUUGCAACCAAAUCCAAGAACAACAGCUGGUCCCCUAAAUUCAAUGAGAGCUUCCAGUACUCACUGGGCACCGAGGUGGGUCCAGAGAGUUACGAGCUGCAAGUGUGCGUGAAGGACUACUGUUUCGCCCGCGAGGACCGCACGGUGGGCAUGGCCUUGCUGCAGGUGAAGGACAUCGCCAACAAGGGCAGCGUCACCUGCUGGCUGCCGCUGGGCCGCCGCGUCCACAUGGAUGAGACGGGCCUGACGGUGCUGCGCAUCCUGUCGCAGCGCAACAAUGACGACGUGGCCAAAGAAUUCGUCAAGCUCAAGUCGGACCAGCGCUCGGCCGAGGAGGGCCGCAGCUGAAGAGAAGCGGGCGGGGGUCCACCACGUGCGGUACACAAGCACACACAUCUGCAAACGCUCCACUGUAAAUUCCUUCGCCUACAUUUUGGCAACAUCGAAGGCAGAAUAUCUUUAUACAAGUUUAUUUCGUUUGGACACAUUUUGACUCUUAGUUUCAGGUUAACUACACAUUACACUAGCAUCUCACCUUUUCUACAGCCAACACUUAGAUGUGAAAUAAUGACGAGACACGUGAAUAGUUGGAGGAUGACCACUUUUGCACUUUUGCCUCCCUGUAUAUUCAGGAGAGCGUCGCUACGCUAAGUCUCUCUGUGUGUACGUGCAUUCUUCCUCCACGUCUGCUCGUUUCGUGUCAAGUGGAGCUCGGGCACAGAUCUAAGAUCAGCUUCGUAUUAUAACAGGGGUGUCCAAACAUUAUCCAUCAACAGAGAAACAUAAAAAUGACCGACCUUUGGGAAGCCUUUUGAGCAUUUAUUCGACAUCCUUGAUAUCCAGCUUACGUUCCAUGUACUAGUGUACUAGUCUUUUUCCUCACAAGUAAGACAAUUCAGCACACUAGUACAAUGACUAGGGCGCACUAAUAAAAUGACUGUCUCUUACUAGUAAUGUUUUUUUUGCCUUCCACUAGUGUACUCCAACUACAUGUUACUAGUGAGGCAAAACUACUAGUGGCCUUUUUGGUGCUACUAGUAGGGUCCACGAGGAAUUGCAUACUAGUAGGCCAAAAAUGGCACUACAAGUGGAAAAAAUUUUUUAGUAGUAAGACACAGUUGUUCUACUAGAGCAAAAUAAAUGCUUAAAACAGCUUUCCAUACCAACCACAUAUUAUUAGUAUUAACAUUAUGAUCACUUACUGUAUGUCACAUCACACACUAAUACAGUGUUUCCCAAAGCUUUAUCGAGCCAAGGCACAUCAUUUAUAUUAGAUGAGAAUGCUCACCACCAAAUAAAAAUGUCAAAACGUGGACACACAGGUUACUUAUGUAUCUUCUGCCAUCUCGGAAUCAGAAUAAUCUGUAUUUGCCCAGUAUGUCAAAAACGCACAAGGAAUUUGUCUCUGCUGGAGAGGAGUUCGGGGAUGAUGGUGUUGAGCGCAGAGCUGAAGUACACAAACAGGAUCCUCACGUAGGUCCCCGCGCCGUUGAGGUGUUCUAGGAUGAAGUGCAGUCCCAUGUUGACUGCGGCAUCCGCAGACCUGUUUGCUCGGUAGCAUGGGCGAGACUGGCGAGACACAACAAGGGAAGAUGCUGGGUGAGGCUGCGAUGAUGCGCAGCCAAUCAGCUCACGGGUUAAAGCCAUUCGUACUCUCAUUGAUCGAUGUCGUGCCGGGAACCAAUCACGCGCCUUGUAUGAGUGCCCGUACAGUACAGGCAUGUACAAAGCCUCUGAGUCAACUCAUCUCUUUGUUUGGCAUGCAGGGAAACCUUCUCUCGUGCGCAUCAACAUGAAACAACGCAUCUUUCCGCAAUAUGGCUGCCGAUAUGGCUGUUUUUUGUUUUUGCUUUUUUAAGAAUAUUUUGGAAAAACCCGCGAAGCACUGAAGCCGCAAAACGUGAAGCGCGAAGUGGCGAGGGAACACUGUAUUGCUUGAAUGCGCAGCGCCCCCUCAAAGGGACCAGCUGCUCAUCACCGCAGACAUCCCUCCCCGGGUUAAACAUUUUGGGUAUCAACUCGUUCCAUGUGGUCCAUACAUCCAGGAUUGGAGAUAGCUUGUGGCGUCGAUGGCCUGGAGAGUUUGUCAUCAAACUGCAGGGCGCGGUUGAUUUGACAAAAUCAUUUAUGGGACAUUGUUGUCCUGAAAAGUGGCCGUCCAGUGUCCUUCCCCCACAGGCUUAGUGGUGCUCCGUUCUUGGAUUUGAAUGGGCCUGCCAGGAUCAGCAGCCUCAGGUAACCUCGCAGCUCCUCCUCAUUCAUAUUUGUCCAGCCAACUACUGACCUCCGGCCUUGCAGGUUUGUCAUGAGCAAUAUUCGCUGCAUGACGUCCUUGUUGAGAAAAAAAAAAGAUUGAAUGCCGUCUCGGGGCGGCUGAUCCUGGCAAUCGCGUAGUGCGUUGGGCCAGGCGUCGGGAAGGAGGGGGGACAAAGUGCAAGGACAGCUCAUUCGUGGGAGAACACAGGAUUUUCCCUUUUUUUUUUUUUAGAGCGUCAUGUGCUGACCCCCAUCUCCUCCUGCUCCUUUCUGUUGUCCUCCUCCUCCUCCUCCUCAUCAUCAUCAUCAUCAUCAUCCUACUUCUCUGAGCUUCAAUGUUCCAAGGAGAAUUCUUCAUCCAAUAGGUCCUCUGAGUUCCCUGAAGAAAUUUCGGAUAGGAAAGCUUCCUCUUCCUCGUCCUGCAGUAGAGCACGAGCCACUUUUGCUGGGCAUCUUCUCUCCAUGGCUUUAAGUUUGAAAAUGAGCUCACCAAAGUGAUGAGAAACACCCUGAAAGGCUCUCAACAAAUGAGAAGGCAUAAAUUAAAAAAAGAAGCAAUCCCGACCAAUAGAUUCAAAGCAGUAACAAGCGUGUGUGGCAUCCUUUGAUCUUCGCUCCAGCAACACACGCACACACAAUCCUGCACGCACGUGAGCGCGCACACACACACACUUGCACGUGCAGGGAAAUGCACGCUGCAGGUUCACCUCCGAAUGUGAGUGGAGGAUUUCAAAUAACACUUUGGCAGGCAAUGUUCAAUUUCACACACAAAAUAUAAUCAUAUCUGCAUAUUUUGAUGAAAUAAAUCUUUGUUUUUAGUUGUAACCCAAAAAAACAUAACGAAGAAACAUGCAUAAAAAAUUAAUGCUUUGUCAUCAUAGCGUCAUUUAAAACGCAUACACACAGACACACGCAACUCAUCUAACGAUCCCAAUUCGCCCAAAUAAUAAAUAACAAACAAACAACAACAACAGAGAACACUAACGUUAAAAUUAGUCACACCAUCACUAACGUCGGAUAGAUUUUACCCGAUAUAAUAUCCCAGAUAAAAUACACUUUUCAUCAAUUUAUGCAAAAGUACAACACUGUAUGCCAAAUUGGAGUACUCCUCUUUAAUUUCCCAAUAUACAAUAUCACACAAAAUUGUAAAAAAGGUACCAUGGGGGACCCUUUCAAAAGGCAGCAAAAUUAUUGAAAAAUGAGGUAAUCCUUAACGAGAAAUUUCCGAAGAAAAAACAAAAAUGGAGCUGCGAACUUAUUCUUCGGUCCACCCAUUCCUGGGACAUGUGAGCCUUGUCUGGUGAAGGCACAGUCUUCCUGCAUCACUGACAACUGUGGGAGAGAGAGACAAAAAAAAUGGCAUUUUUUUUGAGAGGCGAAAAAUAACCACAUUAUUUUGACUAUAUGAAUUUCCUUGGAAUUUACCAUUAAGUGAUGUUUAUUCAUAGCCAUUAUACAAAUGAAGGAUUACACGCCAAUUCUGCGACAACUUAAACUUCCCUUAUGCCUUACAUGCAGUCGGUACAGGCAGGGUAGUAAUGGCGAGGACACACUGGUCGACGGCAGACAUGACACCUGCGUCGUGUCUUCCUGUCCGAGUCUGUGGGGCAGUCAGCACACCUCGCUAAGGGACCUCCGCUUUCUGCUGCCACUGGUCCAACCUCACCCGCAGGAGUGCCAGCUGCAGGGAUGUUGCACACGGUGCAGAUGAGGAUUCGGAGCUGACGUGACACACUUGAAGAGGGGAGCCUCUGCUCUGCCCAUGGCUUGAUGAGUGCCAUUGCCAAAGCCUGCAUAUACUGCAUCCUCUUCAUUUGUGUGUCACCUCUCUUCAUGGCAUUCUACUUGUCUGUCAUACAUCCCUUCUUCUUCCACAUGAUCAACAUCUUCAUUAUUGGUUUCCCUGAACAGAAGUUCUUGUAUUUCCUUCUCAGUCAGGUAUUUAACUGAUUUUCUGGACAUUUUUUGUUUUCCCCCUCUCUCUGAGUGCUACAACGUCACUUGUAGAAGUACUCUUGUACUCUAGUAGAAAAAAAGAACUCUGCGUAGCUAACGAUUGCAGAUAUAAAUUAACAUUAGCUACGUUAUUCACUUGUUCGGAUGCCAGAGUAACCAAGCCUGUGACAGGAUGACAGCUAUGGAUGAAAUGGGGCAGAAAACGUGGCCGGCCUGAAUGUUGUUUCCCUUGAAAAGUGCGAAGAGUGCCUGAUUUAAACACACAAACAAUAACUCCGGGUAAAUUCCACCCGUAAAAUUUCAAUGAACACAAUAACAUAUAAUUGUGAACAAAGACCUUUCUUACUCUUUGACGCACAUGAUGACUCACCAAUGUGUCAAACUGCCGCAGUGCAGGACUUUUUAUUUGCCUUUAGUAUAGGCAGCCUUCACGAGUACGCGAGACCUUGAAAUAAGGCCACUAUCGCCCAUCGCUAUUCGUUACUAUAACGACCGGGGCUGAGCUAAGGGACUGAACAAUGCAAGUGGUUUCUUCUUGUGGAAGGGACAGCCAUUAUAAGCCCAAAAAAGGUAUUUUCACUCAUGGAGGCAGCACUUCAUGAAUUUCAUACGUUUGACAACUAAUGUGCGGAUCCGUGCAUGUGGCGCAUGCAGCCGAUACAUCCCCAAAUAAUCUGUGCGUCCAACAAAACUCAAUGCAGCUCUUCUUACCUUUUGGCUUUGACCUGAUAGUGUUUCAGACAGUGUAGUCUCUUGAAAGUAGUAAAUCUUCACCCAGCCUAACUUCCAAGUCAUGGGCAGAGAAACUGUGUGGGGGUGUUUAUCUGGAAAUGAGCAGAAUUGUGAUGUCAUAAAAUUUGGAAGACCAUCUCGCUCACAGACAUAUUUUCAGUAAUAGAAAGAUAUAGGAUUUACUUGGUUGUUUAAUUUGGGGAUAAUUAAUAAUGUUUCAUUUUAUUUGAAGACUAUGCGAAAUAUGGCCCGCAAGCCACACUUUGGACACCCCUGGUAUAUUUUGAAGAGAACACCACUGACCUGAGAUCAGUGUCCACUAAGUCCGUCCUCACCUGUCGUGUGUCCCGUGUCGUCGUUAACUAACGUCCUGCAUGUUGACCCCUCCUACCGAAACUGUGAUUCUCCCGCUGUAACCAUGGCAACCACUCACCUCCAACAUUCGCCCGGCGUGAGGAUGUUUCAUGUAACACAAGUUUCCUUUGGGAUUUGACUCCAUGUCCAUGUUGCAGUCCAUCAUGUGAUGUAAAACACAACGCGGAGCACAUCAACUGUACAGUCGUACCUUGACUUACGAGUUACCCUAUUUCACAGUUUUUCGAGAUCCAAGCAGUCGCUUGGCGGAUUUCUUUUGUUUUAUUAGAUUUAAAAAAUGUUUUUUUUUUUUUUUUUUGCGCUUCAGCCACUCCUAUUUGGUAACAGCAAACUCAACAACAUCCAGCCACCAUCAGUUCACGUGGCUUUCUCAAAGAGAAUCUUGUUUUGUGCUCACAUUUUCCUUUUUUUUUUUGUUCGUUCAGGUAUUUUUUAGUUCUGGGAAGAAGAAGCAAAUGAUGUCCAUUGAAUUAAAGCUUGAAAUGCAAUGAAAAACAUUAGCGAGGAGCAUUUGUAGUGGACUUGGCAAAGCAGUACGAACAUUAUACUUCUACCAUAUUGUUAACCUAAUUGCACUGUUGCUUAAGUCAUAUAUGUUCUCAGAAAAAAAAAAAACUCAUUCAAGGAACAAAAAGUUGCCUCGAUUCAACCUUUGCAGAUUCCCGUGACCUGGCUGAGAAGAAUCUACACAGACAUAAGAAAAAAAUGCAACAUUGGGAUUUUUUAUUGAUAUUGUAACAGUAAAUUAAAAAUGAUUCAGGCAAUUAGGCUAUUUGUGAUUAAAUUCAGGCUGAAGAAGAUUAAGAUCAGUGAAUGAAGCUGAAACCAAAGUGAAAACAAAUGUAGCAAUUGAGGAAAAAAAACAGUUGAUUUAUUUAAAUUAUAUUUUAUCAUGUUAUUACUGUAUGUUUUUAUACGGUACAAUACUGUACAGUGCUAUUUUUCUUAUUUGUGCAAGGUUUUUGGGGGGGCUGGAACAGAUUAAUGGCAUUUCCAUUCAUUUCAAUGGGGAUAGUCAGUUUGAGACGAGAGUGUUUUGCGUUACAAGCGUGAUCACGCGCAGAAUUAAACGCGUACGUCAAGGUAACACGGUACUUCGAAAAGGGCUUACAAGACCUCCCUCCCUCCCCACCCCUUACUCUGCCAUAAAAACAUGCCCGCUGUGCAGUCAAGUUUGUAUGUGCACAAAAGAGGUUCUGAGAUUGUGAGCAAUAUGAAUGCACCGUCAAUCAGUCCACACGAGAACCAAGCGUAAUAUCAAAUCUCAUCUCCAUCAUUUUUACUUUUCACUGCCAUCUGUUUUUGUAUAAACAUGUUUAAGAAGAAAUGUGUUUGUGUCCUUAAACGACUAUUUCCCUUGAGGGGGACCCAAUUUGCACAAACCGGAGCUCUUAUUUGAUUUUUAUUUGAAAGAAUUGAAGCCAUUGGAGUCGCCGCCAUGCAUUUAUGAUUAAAUCAUUUAUGUUCACUGGAAAAAAAACAAAAGGUUGGCUGACGUCCGCCACCGUUGUCCACAUCGUCCUUUGUGUGGUCCGAUGAUGUCAUUGACUGUGACCAAACACUGCUGGCCCGUCACACGUUGUCUCUACUCAAUACAAUAAUGAUUAAUGUUAUUCAUCUGCAAGAGAUUCAUCUUUGUCGUUUUCUGUAUACAGGGUUUCCCUAAAUUUAUUUUUUUAGCUACAGAACGAAAUUAGAACAACUAUAAAUUGCAACUAAAAAUAUUUGUAAAUAAAAUUAACUCAUAAAUUAUGAAAACAAAGUCUGUAAGUUAAAUACAUUUAAACUUGAAUAAUAAUGUAGCUGAACACAGGUACCUGAAACAACAGGACAGAAUUAUUUAAAAAAAAAAAUAUAUAUAUAUAUAUAUAUAUAUAUAUAAAUUAUUUGAAUAGGAAAAAAAAUGGAAAAUAAACUACCUUAACCCAAACAUUUAAAGUCCCUGUAAAGUAAACAAUAUUUCACCUCAGUGAAAAGUGUUUUGAAUUAUUUAAAAAAAAUAGUAUUUCAAAUGAGUCUUCCUGAAAAAUCAAGCUGUGGUCUUUGUUCUCAAACUCUAUGGGCGUGUCCACAGAUUGCGCUGAAACCACACCCAACUGUCAAUCAGAUACCACUACAACAACCUGGAAAAUGGAUGAUACUUCGUCUAGCAUCUUUCUCAUGACUACAAAUCCCUACAUGUUUGAGCCGCAAAAAUAGAUGCACUUAAUGCCCCCCGUUGGCUGGAAUAUAUCCCACCGGGUUGUCAAGGGGCUUUUCCGUGCACCGACAACAAGGCGCUCUAAAGUGGCCACGAAAGUGGACUAAACAAAGGGAAGACGCAUUUUCAGGGUGUCGGGAAACUGUAGCUAGUAAUUAUAAUUGUGCCUGAUAACUGCUGAUGCGAUCAAUCAAAGAAGCUCAAGUUCUUACAGGUAUAUAGUGGCGGAGGAGCGACUCAUGCCCGAGCCGAAGUGCGUCACGCGGCCCUAUUUUAGCCACGCCCCCAAAAAAAGAAAAACAGAAAUGGUGAAAAACAGUUUAACACCGUAUCGCAAAAAUCUAUAUUUACUGUACAUAAACCAGCAAUAAGGACCACAAUAAACAGAUAAAAAGCCAUUUUCCUGCUUGAUAAGCAAUAAAAUCAAGAAUUGCCCCGGGACCCAUUUUGGGUCCCAACCCCAAGUUUGGGAAACCCAUAAUCGGUGUCCGAUUUCAAUUUUGCAUACACAAACACAUCGUCUUUCUGUGUCGUCAUCUAUGCCAGGGCUUUUAAAACAAUUCAAAGAAUGACUUCUAGUUGCAAUCUGUACAGAAAGAUAAACCGAGGGCUUCAGCACCCGCGUCAUGCCAUAAACUGUAAACCACCAAAAAUCUCUGCUCAAGCACAAAGGGCCAUGUCAGAUGACACACAUGCAUGCGUGCACGCAGACAUGACAUGACCGCCCCUGUGAAUAGAAAACACAAAUGCAUGACGGGAAUUUAAUGUGCCAGCACUUGUCUCCUUUCUGGAUCAUUUUCCUUUUCUCCAUUUGUUUAUCAAAAACUGUAUUCUUUGCCGUGUAACAACCAAUCACCCACGUGUUUGUUUUUCAAAGAGGCUUGUGAAUAUGUCAUCUGUAACCAAUAUGAAUGUAGUGUGAACACAGAAUUCGCAUGAGAGGAUUAUUUUCUACUGAGGAUGUUUCUAAUUGGUUUCCUAUCAUAAUCGAUUGUUCCGGAACUGGAAUGGAGCCUGACUGAUCUGCUUCCUAUUAAAAGGACAUUUGUGUCACGA